AUGCCAGCAAAGUUUGAUCCGGACAUGGAUGCGCAGGCCUUGGAAAAGGCCAUGAAGGGAUUGGGGACCGACGAAAAUGCAAUAAUUGAAAUUCUGGCCAAUCGUACGGUCAACCAAAGGCGGAAAAUUGCCACCAUCUACAAGGCAUGCUACGGACAAGACCUUUUAACUCGUUUGAAAAAAGAGCUCUCAGGCAAAUUUCAGAAGGUGGUCCUGGGGUCCUUCUUCGACAAACCUCACCUACACGCUCAUGCCCUUUUCGAGGCCAUGGACGGGCCAGGAACAAAGGAGAGCGUUAUCAUCCAAGUCAUCUGCACCUCCAACAAUGACGACAUUGCUGAUCUACGCGACGCAUACGAGGACGUUCUUUUGGAAGAAAAUGAAAACCCAUUGCGUCGAAAUAUUGAAAAGGAUAUCCGAAGUGAUUUGAGUGGUGACUUCGAGAAAUUCAUCGUAGCUCUGUUGCAAGGCGUCAGAGAACAAGGCGUGGACCGAUCAGCAGCUGAAGCUGAUGUGGAUGCAUUAUAUGCCGCCGGAGAAAAAAAACUUGGGACUGAUGAAGAGGUAUUUACGAGAAUAUUUUCAAGACGGAGCUACAGGACGAUUCGCUUGCUAGACGAGCUCUACUGCCAAAAAACUGGACAUGGUAUUCUGAAGGCCAUUGAAAAGGAACUCUCUGGAGAUUACAAAGACGCCGUCGCGACUGUUGUUAAAACGGCUUUCAAAAAGGAAGAAUGUGUUGCAGAUCUGAUUCGAGACUCAAUGAAAGGCAUGGGAACUCGUGAUGAUGACCUGAUUCGCCUCAUAUUGGCCUAUGCAGAGGCAAGUUUAAGCAUGAUUCCUAGCAGAACCUUGCUGUUUUGA